UCCCUUGUGCCGAUUUUCCGGUGACAAGCCAUGGCCAACCUCUCUGCAGUGUCUGUGUUCAUUCUCCAGGGCUUCUCCACCGUCCCCGCGUUACAGCUGCUGAGCACUGGCGCCUUCCUUCUCGUAUACCUGGCUGCGGUUCUGGGGAAUGUCUCCAUCGUGGUAGCCGUGACGUCCAACGCCCGCCUGCACACCCCCAUGUACUUCUUCGUCAAACACCUCUCCCUGGCGGAUCUCUGUUCUACAACCACCACCCUGCCCAGGGCCCUGGUGGCUACCAUGGCAGACACUAAGGAGAUUUCCCUCCCGGCCUGCGUGUCCCAGCUCUUCGCUUUUGUCUGCUUCGGCUCCCUCGAAUGUUUCCUCAUCACCUCCAUGGCUUUUGAUCGCUGUCUAGCCAUCUACAGGCCCCUGGUGUAUGGGGCCACCAUGGAUGCUCAGACUUGCGUCUCCCUGGUAGCGGUGGCCUGGGUCAGCGGGCUCCUCUUUUCCGCCUUCCACACGGCCAACACUUUCUCCUUGCCAUUCUGUGGCCCCGGGGUGAUCGACCACUUCUUCUGUGACAUCCCCCCGCUCAUGCAUCUGGCCUGUGGUGACAGCGCGGGCCGCGAGGCCGUGGGCUUUGCAGUCAGCGGCUGCAUCAUCAUGACCUGCUUCGCCCUCACCUGCCUGUCCUACGCUCUCAUCGUGCGCACGGUGGCCCGCAUCCGAUCCUCGGCGGGCCGCUGGAAGGCCUUCUCCACGUGCUCCUCCCACCUGGCCACGGUGCUCCUGCUUUACAGCACAGGAAGUUCCGCUUACAUGCAGCCCGCCGCCCACUACUCCCCUCUCCAAGGGCGCGUGGCUGCCGUGUUCUACUCUGUCCUGGCGCCCGCACUGAACCCACUUAUCUACAGCCUGAGGAACAAGGACAUGAAAGACGCUCUGAAGAAGGUCUACCCACAGGUGCCACCUUGGAACCUGGCAUUUAGACACGGGGAUGGCCAGAAGCCUACUAGCACCAAAUUCCCCCUGUAG